AUGUUCCCGUCACUUCCUACUAUGACUGUACUCGUUCCACUGUUGUCGUUAGCUGGUCUGUUUUAUUCAGCCAGUGUGGAUGAAAACUUUCCCCAGGGAUGCACAAGCACAUCCAGCCUCUGUUUCUACAGUCUGCUGCUUCCCAUUACAAUCCCCGUUUACGUGUUUUUCCAUCUCUGGACCUGGAUGGGCCUGACACUCUUCCGCCACAACUAGGAUGCGGAGGGUCUGUUAGCAAAGAAUAUGGUAGCAGUCCACAACAUGGUAUCUUACAGAUUCUAAAGUAAGGGACCACAUAGUGAAUUAAAUAGAUCUCCACAAAGGUGCCUCCCAAGUCUAUAGAAGAUCUGCAUGCCUUUUAAGGAAAGCAACUUCCCAGUUCAACACUGGUAGCACCAAACCAUAUUUGUGAGAACCAUUAAGCCUAGAAGAAACUGUGGGGUUGCAAAAUGAAGUCCUGUGACGUAUCACAUCAUGUGGACAAGACUGCCUUCAUGGGCUUCACUUUCUCUCCCUUGUGUGCAUGGGGGCGAGGGCUGAGAUUGCCCCAAGCCAACCCUAACGGAGCCGACAAGUGAACACAUUCAAACCAUCUAUCGAGUUCAUUAAAAAUGCUCUGUGUAAAGCUUGACAGACAGCUUUCUCCCUUACACGUUCUUGAAAUCAGGAUUUGCAUACCUUCUCCUUCGCCAGCAACGCACAGAAGAGCAGUCUUUCAUGCAGGGAUUUUGUAAAGUGAGAAGUUGUCUUUUGUGCACUAGAUAUUGAGCUCUCAGGUUACAGAUGGUUUAAAACCAGGUGUAGCAGUAAGGAGGCAUACUCUCUUGCAUUUCGCUACCCUGUAGGGUUGCAGAUAUCCGGCUGUUUGAAUUCAUGUAUGCAAAAGGAUUGGAAUUCACACACAGUGCUGUGGAAGUGAUCAGCACUGGAUGAAAAUGUUACCGAAUAGCAAACUUUUAGUUUUUAAAUAAAACCACCUUUAAACCCA